CGUUUGACGUCACACGCAUCUCGCAGGUACAGAAGUCCAUCGUGCAAAAUGAAAACAACUGUUACAUAAACAUCAUUAAUUACCCUGGAGCUGAUCGCAUGUGCAAACGGAUUCACAAUUUGUGUAAAAUAACUCUGAACUUUAUUUCACGUUUUGUCUGGACUGUUUUUUUUCUCGCUGUCGCAUUGCAAAAGCAAGGAAGUAAAGUGAGAGAAGGAUCAUGGCAGAGAAACCUCAGCUGGUCAAUAAUUCACCAGAGGACAUUGAGACUGAUGAGUGCAUGAGCACAUACACACAUAUCUACAGCCCUGAUCUGCUCAUUGAUCAAGUGGCCUUUAUAACUGGUGGAGGGUCAGGUAUUGGGUUUCGAAUAGCAGAAAUUCUGAUGAGGCAUGGUUGUGACACAGUCAUCGCCAGCAGAAAUCUGGAGAAACUCACAGAGGCGGCGAAGAAGUUAAGCAGCACCACAGGCAGACGGUGUUUGCCGUUUACCAUGGAUGUACGUCAACCGGAGACGAUUUCUGCUGCCGUGGAUGAAACCCUGAAGACAUUUGGACGUGUUGACAUACUUAUUAACAAUGCGGCAGGUAAUUUCUUGUGUCCAGCUACAUCAUUGUCUUUUAACGCUUUCAAGACAGUAAUGGAGAUCGACACCAUGGGAACUUUCAACACCAGUAAAGUCAUCUAUGACAAAUGGUUCAAGGAUCAUGGCGGCUCCAUUGUCAACAUUUCCGCCACGCUAGGAUACAGAGGUCAGGCUCUCCAGGUGCAUGCUGGGUCAGCAAAGGCUGCAAAUGAUGCCAUGACAAGGCAUUUGGCGGUCGAGUGGGGUCCCAGUGGUGUGAGGGUGAACACAGUGGCCCCAGGGCCCAUCUCUGGCACAGAGGGAUACCGUAGACUGGGUGGUUCACUUGCUGAGUCAGUUGGAGCUUUCCGCAGCAUCCCGCUGCAAAGAGCCGGCAAUAAGACGGAGAUGGCGCAUGCGGUUCUUUUCCUGGCCAGCCGUGCGGCUUCGUAUGUCACCGGCGCUAUACUGGUUGCAGACGGAGGGGCGUGGCUCACCUCGGCCAAUGACGUGGAACGGCUGCUGGGUAUUAUCUCAUCUCGCUCUGCAAAACUAUGAACAGCACCACACACGGGUUUUUGGUCAGCAGAGAAACGGAAGGAUAAAUAACACAAAUAUAAAGGAUGAAAUCAACAGCAAUGGACAAGUUGAUCACGCCAUCUUACAUCUGUAUGAUAAUUGUUGAAUAUUACAAAAACGUCCAUAUUAUUUUUCACCGCAAAACUAAAGAAAAAAUAAGAGAUUAUAUUCUGUGUUAAGAGAUUUAAGACUAAUUUUAGGACUUAAAUUUUAGAAUGAAACAUUUCGACCCAAUUUCUAACUUCUGGAGUAAAUUCUAUUUAUUUUCUUUGGAUUUUCAGCAUAAAUGUUAGUACAAAGAACAAUUUGCAAUUUUAAUCAUAUUCAUAUGUUUUCUACUUUGAUGAUGAGAAUGAGUUUCUUUUGUCUCAUGGCAGUAAUGACUGCUUUUUAUAUAUUUUCUAAUUUUAUUUCUUUGAUUUUGAGGUGAAACAUGAUGGACGUGUUUUUGAAUUUAUGAAAGUAAGAUUUUUAUAGAAACCCUUAAACUGUCUUCUCAUUACAUGAUGGUUAUAUUGAUAUUUCAAGCAUGUUUAACCAAAAAGUAUUAGUAAUUACAAUGUAUAUUUUACUUCUGGUAACAUAACUGACCACUCAAGCACUACAUUAGCACCGUUUUUUAAUUUUCAGCUACAGUAUACGCAACCAUGUCAAAGUUUUUUAAACAGUAAAAUGUUUAAUGUUUUAUAAAAAAAAAGCCUCUUCUGCUCCCCAAGCCUGCAUUUAUUUGAUCCAAAGUACAGCAAAAACAGUAAAAUUUUGAUAUAUUUUUUACUAUUUAAAAUACCUGUUUUCUAUUUGAUUGUGAUCAAAGCUGAAUUUUGAGCAUCAUUACUCCAGUCUUCAGUGUCACAUGAUCCUUCAGAAAUCAUUCUAAUAUUCUGAUUUGCUGUUCAAGAAACAUUUAUUAUUAUUAUUAUAAAUAUUU